GAUGUGAAGAAGAAGAACGGCGUGCUUCGUGUUCCGCGUUUUUAUUGUGCAAAAUAUUAAUAAAUUGAUAUUUAAACAAGAAAAAGUGAAAAACUAGUGUUAUUAAUUGAUACAUAUACGAGCAAAGCUGUACUAUGGAUUCCGAUUUGUACGAUGAGUUUGGCAACUACAUAGGACCCGACUUGGACAGCGAUGAGGAUGAUGAUCAGAGCAUUUAUGGCCAACCCGAUGUGCCAGAUGAUCAAGAUGAGGAUGGCAUGGAUGAGGACGAAGCUGAGCCCCAAGACGAUGAGGAUAAGGAGGUGACUGCAGUUGUGCUACACGAGGAUAAACGAUAUUAUCCGUCGGCCGUAGAAGUCUACGGCCCAGAUGUGGAGACAAUAGUGCAAGAGGAGGAUGCACAACCGCUGGAUAAGCCGCUCAUUGAGCCCGUGAAGAAGCUCAAGUUUCAGAUCAAGGAACAGGAUUUGCCUGAAACAACUUACGAUAUGGAAUUCAUGGCUGAUCUGAUGGAUACGCCGCCGUUGAUACGCAAUGUUGCUUUGGUUGGCCACUUGCAUCAUGGCAAAACCACUUUCGUCGACUGCCUGAUACGUCAGACGCAUCCGCAGUUCGAGAACAUGGAAGAGCGUUCCUUGAGAUACACGGAUACCUUGUUCACUGAGCAGGAGCGUGGCUGCAGCAUUAAGGCUACGCCAGUGACGCUUGUGUUGCAGGAUGUCAAGCAGAAGAGCUACUUGCUCAACAUAUUCGAUACGCCUGGUCAUGUGAACUUUUCCGAUGAGGCAACAGCUGCCAUGCGCAUGAGUGAUGGCGUUGUGCUCUUUAUUGAUGCAUCCGAGGGCGUCAUGCUGAACACAGAGCGUCUGCUGAAGCAUGCGGUGCAGGAGCGAUUGGCUAUCACCGUGUGCAUCAAUAAGAUUGAUCGUCUCAUUCUGGAGCUGAAGCUGCCGCCGCAGGAUGCGUACUUCAAGCUUAAGCACAUCGUGGAGGAGAUAAAUGGCUUGCUUAGCACUUAUGGCAGUGCGGAGGACAAUUUGAUGGUCUCUCCCGUGCUUGGCAAUGUUUGCUUUGCCAGUUCGCUAUACGGCUUCUGCUUUACUCUAAAAUCCUUUGCCAAACUCUACGCUGAUACCUACGAGGGAGUCAAUUACAAUGAAUUUGCCAAGCGUCUGUGGGGCGACAUGUAUUUCCACAGCAAAUCGCGCAAAUUCACGAAGAAGCCGCCGCACAGCUCGGCACAGCGCAGCUUUGUGGAGUUCAUUUUGGAGCCCAUGUACAAGCUGAUUGCUCAAGUUGUGGGUGAUGUAGACACCACGCUGUCGGAAACUUUGUCGGAGUUGAGUGUGCGCGUUUCCAAGGAGGAAAUGAAGUCCAACAUACGUCCAUUGUUGCGUGUGGUGUGCAACAGAUUUAUGGGCGAUUGCAGCGGAUUUGUGGACAUGUGUGUGGAGCACAUCAAAUCGCCACUGGAGAAUGCCAAACGCAAAGUAGAUCACAUCUACACGGGACCCAAGGAAGGCGACAUUUAUCGCGACAUGAUUUCAUGUAAUCAGUAUGGAACGCUGAUGGUGCACAGCUCCAAGAUGUAUCCCAACGAUGACUGCACCUUCUUCCAGGUGUUGGCACGCAUUGUCUCCGGCACCUUGCAUGCUGGACAGGAGGUGCGUGUGCUCGGCGAGAACUAUACGCUGCAGGACGAAGAAGAUUCACGUAUCCUUCAAGUGGGCAGACUUUGGGUCUACGAAGCCCGCUACAAAGUGGAGUUGAAUCGUGUUCCUUCGGGUAAUUGGGUUCUCAUCGAGGGCAUUGAUCAGUGUAUUGUGAAGACUUCCAGCAUUGUUGAUAUCAAUGUGCCAGAAGAUCUCUACAUAUUCCGACCACUAAAGUUCAACACACAGAGCAUUAUCAAGAUUGCUGUGGAGCCCGUGAAUCCCUCGGAGUUGCCCAAAAUGUUGGAUGGUCUGCGUAAAGUUAACAAAUCGUAUCCUUUGUUGUCCACUCGCGUCGAGGAGUCGGGCGAACACGUUAUUCUCGGAACUGGCGAACUGUACUUGGACUGCGUGAUGCACGAUCUGCGCAAAAUGUAUUCGGAGAUUGACAUCAAGGUCGCCGAUCCCGUGGUGGCUUUCUGUGAAACUGUUGUGGAAACUAGUUCACUGAAGUGUUUCGCAGAGACGCCAAACAAGAAGAAUAAGAUUACCAUGAUAUCGGAGCCACUGGAGAAGGGAUUGGCCGAGGACAUUGAGAAUGAGACGGUCUGCAUCAAUUGGAAUAAGAAACGCAUUGGCGAAUUCUUCCAAGUUAACUACGAUUGGGAUUUGCUGGCAGCGCGUUCUAUUUGGGCUUUUGGUCCAGACACAACAGGACCCAAUAUUCUAGUGGAUGAUACGUUGCCUUCGGAGGUGGACAAGAAUCUAUUGACUGCUGUCAAGGACUCGAUUGUGCAAGGUUUCCAGUGGGGCACACGAGAGGGGCCGCUUUGCGAGGAGCCCAUACGUAAUGUGAAGUUUAAAAUUCUAGACGCAGUCAUUGCCAAUGAGGCGCUGCAUCGUGGUGGCGGCCAAAUCAUUCCCACGGCACGUCGUGUGGCUUAUUCGGCUUUCCUGAUGGCCACGCCGCGUCUCAUGGAACCGUAUUUGUUUGUUGAGGUGCAGGCACCCGCUGAUUGUGUGUCCGCUGUCUACACGGUGCUGGCGCGACGCAGAGGACAUGUGACGCAAGAUGCUCCCGUUUCAGGCUCACCGAUUUACACAAUCAAAGCAUUUAUACCCGCCAUUGAUUCGUUCGGUUUCGAGACAGAUCUGCGCACACACACUCAGGGUCAGGCCUUCUGUCUGUCCGUGUUCCAUCACUGGCAAAUCGUGCCCGGCGAUCCGCUGGACAAGAGCAUUGUCAUCCGGCCACUGGAGCCGCAGCAGGCGUCGCAUUUAGCUCGUGAGUUUAUGAUCAAGACACGAAGACGCAAGGGUCUCUCUGAGGAUGUGUCUAUCAACAAGUUCUUCGACGAUCCUAUGUUGUUGGAGCUGGCGCGACAAGAUGUCUUGCUCAACUAUCCACUUUAAAAUUAAGACUGCUGUAAAGCGAGCCAAUAAAAGAAAAGAAACACUUAAAAACAUAAAA